UCCGUGACUUCUUUCGAGGUUGUCAGUUGUAAGCUAUCAUUGUUUUGUUCGUCGCUGUGAUGUCUGGUCGUGGCAAACAGGGGGGCAAGGCCCGAGCUAAGGCCAAGUCGCGCUCCUCUCGCGCUGGCCUGCAGUUCCCGGUGGGCCGCGUGCACCGCCUGCUGCGCAAGGGCAACUACGCGGAGCGUGUGGGCGCCGGCGCGCCGGUGUACAUGGCGGCCGUGCUGGAGUAUCUGACGGCCGAGAUCCUGGAGCUGGCGGGCAACGCGGCCCGCGACAACAAGAAGACUCGCAUCAUCCCGCGCCACCUGCAGCUGGCCAUCCGCAAUGAUGAGGAACUCAACAAGCUGCUGGGCAAAGUGACCAUCGCCCAGGGCGGCGUCCUGCCCAACAUCCAGGCUGUGCUGCUGCCCAAGAAGACCGAGAGCCACCACAAGGCAAAGGGCAAGUGAGGCUCCCGUGCUCCCCUCCCCCGCCCCAACCGCAACUCGAAGAACGGAACCCCGCAAAACCAAAGGCUCUUUUCAGAGCCACCCACUGUUUCAGAUUAAAGAGUUGUGACAUUAGA